AUGGACCACUCGCAGAUGGACCACUCCGGCCACAUGGGCCACGGCGGCGAUGGGAUGGAUGACAUGUGCAGUAUGAGCAUGCUCUUCACCUGGGACACCACGAACCUCUGCAUCGUCUUCAAGCAGUGGCACAUUCGCUCCACCCCGGGGCUCAUCGCCUCCCUCAUCGCUGUCGUGCUCAUCGCCAUGGGCUACGAAGGCCUGCGCGCUACCUGUCGCGUCUAUGAAAGAAAACCAUCUCUGCCUCCGCGAAAAGACGCACAUGAAGAAACCGUUACUGAGACCACACCGUUUCUCCGACCAGGACAAAACCGCGACCACCUCACCCGCCACAGCCAUCUCAUCAAGUCUCUCCUCUACGGCUUUCAAAACUUUUACGCCUUUAUGCUCAUGCUCGUUUUCAUGACUUACAACGGCUGGGUCAUGGUGGCCGUUUCUCUCGGCGCCUUUCUCGGCUAUUAUGUGUUCGGAAACCAUACUUCGGCCACCAAAGAAACUGCUUGUCAUUAA